GUAUCAAGAUGUAUUAAACAAUCUAAAAUCUAAAGGAACCACUCAAAUUCAUCGUUAUAUAAUGUCAACUCCAUCAAUAAAGUCAAUAGUAGAACUUCAGUUAAAGAACGUACAAGAUAGUUACAAUUCGUUGUUUAACACAGCCCAUCAAAUAAAGUCAAGACUGGAAGAAUCCUUGUUAAAAUUUAAACAGUAUGAAGAUAUGUUGGAGAGUAUUUCGUCAAAUUUGGAUGGAUAUGAACCUUUGAUAAAUAAAACUAUUCAAGAAAAUUGGACUCUAGCACAGGCUCAAGAACAACAUGAUGUAUAUAAGAAUCUUCUGGAUAAAUUACAAGAAGAAAAAAUAAAAUUAACAUUAGCAGUACAAGCGUGUGAAGCAGCAGUUGCUAGUAUAUCCAGGCCUAGUAGUCCUGUUGAAUCUUCCAACUCACAGAUUCCUGAAAAAGAGAUAGAAGUUCGUUUGCGGCUAGAAGAUUCACUUGAUCAA